CAUGCGCAAUUUCUACGUGCGCGUUCACGAAUGAAUCCUGUGAUCUAUGCGUCAGCUGUCAAGCCUUACACACGCACGUUACAGUACUGCCUCUACGGAAGAUUUGUUUGGACAACGAAUGAAUCUGAAAUUCCACAGAGACCGGACCACUCAAAGUAUGGUGACUGCAAUAUUACUCCUAUCAAGCUGGACUAAAGCGACUCGGUGACAAGAGACUGGUUUGACACAGGUUUAUAUUAGUUAAAAAAAGAGAAAAAAGGGUGAAAAGGAUUUCUGGUUGCAACGUUGCAGACUUGCUAAUAACCUAGCCUCGGAUUUCUCCAACCUCUUCAACCGGCUUCAUUAGCUUAGCUAGCUAGCAAGCUAACAAGCUGUUGUAGCCUCACUUUAUACAUCGAUGGUUGUAGCUGCGAUGCGGUGGGAUCUUAUCUGGAGAUCUUUAAUUUUGUUUACAUUUUAAUUUUAGCACUGACUAGUAUGCCAUCUUGUGACAGCUGUUGCGAAGUAGUAAGAGCUUUGAAGUGACAGACGAGGAGGUUGGGGUUGCCUAGAUAGUUAUGAGCAGUUUCAACAUUACAACCAAAACGUCCACAUUAGGCUCUUCUUUGAGCACCGACGGUAAAGGUUCACUGGUCAGCGUCGACGCUACCAACAACAACAAGGAGUGGGAAUUUGGAAGCGAUGUGUUUUCGUGUUGUCACGAGAUGAGUCCAAUGGACGAUACGAUGCGGGCAGGGAUGUCCUCAGUCCAGUCGGGUCUGGACGGACACCUGCCGCUUCUACACGCCAGACACCACAGCACACAGGGCGGGUUGUUGUUGGACCUGAGCUCCCCGACAGCCUACCUUGACAGCAGCUCUCUGGAGUACAGCGACAACGACGGAAACAACGCUGGUCCGUUGUUCGAGAGGAGAAAGAGGUCCAGGUCCAACAGCUCCAGACAACGCUUCAACGAGGUGGUCACGGAGCUCGGUCCGGAGGAGGUGCGUUGGUUUUACAAAGAGGACAAGAAAACUUGGAAGUCCUUUGUCGGACAUGACUCACUUAAUAUUGAGCGUAUGUUUCGGAAAUACUGUGAGCUGAACCCUGGUGCAGCAGGCUCACAGGUCCGCGGUGGGGAGGAAGAGUGCGGAAAUAACGGUGUGGAGAGCAGGGGGCUGAACGGUGCAGUGCCGGUGGAGACGAGGACCAGCAGUGUGCACGGAGGCCGGGGGUCUUUGGAGACAUCCACCGUGUCCUCGGAUGAGAGGGACCCUGACAGCAUUGACAUCAACAUAGAGCCUGUUUGUGUUCGGGGAGGACUCUAUGAGGUGGAUGUUAAAGAGAGGGAGUGCAAUCCUGUUUACUGGAAGCAACAAGACCAUAUUCCAGUCAUGAGAGGCCAGUGGUUUAUUGAUGGUACCUGGCUCCCGUUAGAGGAAGAGGAAAGUGACCUCAUCGAGCAUGAGCACCUGAACCAUUUCCGUGGGCAACAAAUGCAGGACACCUUCGAGACGGAUUUGGUGGUCAGGACUGUCGAUAGCAAAGAUGUUCUCUCCCACCUGCCCCCUUUCUACCUCCCUUUUCUGUUCAAAUGGAGUGGAUAUCAGACGAGUGCUAAAACUACAUGUCACAAGCGCAAACGCUGCCAAGCUAUCCACAGUCUGAAGCUGAGUCGGACCCAUGUGGAUUGGCAAAGCGUGGAUGAGGUAUACCUCUACAGCGAUGCCACCACUUCCAAAAUUGCACGCACCGUCACGCAGAAACUGGGCUUCUCUAAAGCCUCCAGCAGUGGAACACGGCUCCAUCGGGGUUAUGUUGAGGAGGCCUCACCUGAGGACAGACCCCCUCAGACUACACACAUUGUCUUUGUGGUCCAUGGGAUUGGACAGAAGAUGGACCAGGGGCGCAUUAUUAAAAACACUGGAAUGCUGAGGGAGGGUGUGAGGAAGAUGGAAGAGAAGCACUUUUCAGAGCACAAUGACGAGCAUGUGGAGUUCCUGCCUGUCGAGUGGCGCUCCAAACUUGCACUGGAUGGAGAUACGGUAGACUCAAUAACACCAGACAAAGUGAGAGGACUGAGAGAUCUACUCAACAGCAGUGCCAUGGACAUCAUGUACUACAACAGCCCCCUUUACCGUGAUGAGAUUACCAAGGGCCUAACACAGGAGCUAAAUAGACUGUACACACUUUUCUGCUCCCGGAACCCCGAGUUUGAGGAGAGGGGAGGCAAAGUGUCCAUUGUGUCCCAUUCCCUCGGCUGCGUCAUCACCUAUGACAUCAUGACAGGUUGGGAUCCUGUGCGCUUCUGUCAGCAGGAGCAUCACACUGUGGAAGAGGAGCUGGACCUGCACUGGAUGUCCUAUGAGGAGAAGCAUAUUUUAGAGCAGCUACGGCUCACAAGGAAUAGGUUACAAGAGCUGGAAAAUCAACUCCUCACACUGGAGGCCUCUAAACCCUCAGCACCACCAGCCCUCAAAUUUAAGGUGGAAAACUUCUUCUGCAUGGGUUCUCCUCUGGCGGUGUUCUUGGCCCUGAGGGGGAUCCGCCCUGGUACCAGCUGCCACCAGGACCACAUCCUGCCCACCUCCAUCUGCAGCAGGCUCUUCAAUGUCUUCCAUCCCACAGACCCUGUGGCUUACAGACUGGAGCCCCUCAUCCUCAAACAUUACAGCAAUAUUGCACCUGUUCAGAUACACUGGUGUAGCGCCACUAACCCCACAUCCUAUGAGGAGGUCCGGCCUACCUUCCUGACCCCAGUCAAAGACCCAGCAUCUGACACUGAGAGCAUCCCCAGCCCGAGCACUUCUCCUGUCCUCGCCCGCAGGCACUAUGGAGAGUCCAUCACCAAUCUGGGCAAGGCCAGCAUAAUGGGAGCGGCGAGCAUAGGGAAGGGCAUCGGAGGUAUCCUAUUCUCACGUUUCUCCCGCUCCAACAGCCAGCCCUCAGUGUCUUUAGGACUUGAGGGAGGGGCAAACACUGAGGAAGAGGAGCAGAAGCGGACAGAAAGCCAGUCAGCAUACGGCCUCUCCACCUUGACUCGGCCCACCUCACCCACUACUGACACAUCAUUGGAGCUGGAGCGGCGCGUCGACUUUGAGCUCCGAGAGGGUCUGGUGGAGAGUCGCUAUUGGUCAGCAGUGACCUCUCACACAGGCUACUGGUGUUCACAUGACAUAGCACUCUUCCUGUUGACCUUCAUAUACAAGCAGAAGACAACACCCUCUGACCCAGCAGAAGAUACUCCGGAGCCAGACUGAAGCAGCACAUUCGUUACAACCCAUACGCACUUGAAUAGUGUCUUCUAACCCUGAAGGGGUAUGUCAUCUUUUUGACAAGACACAAAAAUAAACUUAAUUCAUUUAUUUUUCAUGCACAUAAGCAGCUCAAAUACACUAAUAUUUUUUUUUUUCCUAUAUCUCCCUGUGAUUCAGCUCUUUUAACACUUGGGAAUCAUUACAGACAAAGUGAUGAGACGUGCAUUUUGUCUCUUUUUGUGUAGUUUGUACACAAUUGUGCACCCUAAGGGUGACAGUGUUGGACUAGGAACCCCUAAGGAGGUGCACCCUUUGCCAGUAUGAACACAAGCUACAUAAAAACAUGGAAUAUGAGACUAAUAAGUGUGAUGCAUAGGACUUUCAUUCCCAAGUCUUCAACCUUAAACAGCUGCAGCCUGUUGAUAAAGUGUCCAUACAUUUCCUGUUAAUCAGUGCUUAAAUCUAGCCUCUCUCCCACAGACUCAUUCUGGAGCCUUGUGACACACUUGCCUGACCUUCAGUCACUGAGGCUUCAAGUUCUGUGUCUGUGCUUUUUAACAAACUUAACUAAACUUAAUUUUUUUUUAUCGUUACACGAAGGAGAGAGAAAUGUAAUUGUCAAAAAAAUAGUAGUUUUAUCUUUAAAAUAAACCUUUAGCUACUACAUCUCAAAAACUUGCAAAUGCAAUGCCUUUCAAAAUUAGCCAAAUCAUAUUAUUCAUGCAGAAUAUUUCAGUUUAGUUUUUCCGACAAAAACUUAGGGCAUUAUCCCUUUAAUAAUGUUCUGGAAGUAUGAAGAAAGAUAUAACAAACAUGCUAUUUUCAGUUUGUUUUGAUUCCUCUAUUAUUUUUUUUAUGUUCGCCUCUUUUUAACAUUGGUUGAUUCUUGAAAUAGAUAUGCACCAAAUAAAAACAUGAUACUUUUCUAUACUAAACAGUCAACUAAAACUAAAUUAUCUUUUGUGUUUAGUUAUCUGCAACUUAACAGUACAAUUUUUGUUAAAGUAACAGGGACCAAAUGUCUCCUACUAACAACAGUUACAGCUGAACAUCCUACAGGACAUCAUUAGUUUCUGUGUGACAUUUACAUUCACAGGUUUAAAACUACAAGAGGCUUGUAUCAUGACAUACAUAUCUACGCUCUUAAGCAAGUGCCGGACAUGUAUUGUUAUUUUCUUACACACAGUUUAUAUCUAAAAAUCUCUUGAUGAUGUAAUUUACAAGCCAAGAGGUCUCAGUCAAAGCAAUCAGUCAUUCAAAUUAAUUUUCAUGCUUCUAUAUUAAGAAAAAGUUAUGGAUAGAAUUUUUUUCUGUGCUAUAUCUUUAUAUUGAUAUCCAGAUGAAAUUGGUGGUACUAGAUGUAUUUUUUCUUAAAAAAUAUAUUUUUUUCAUAGCUCAUUUUCAGGCUCUUGUGGAUGGAAACCUGCAUCACAUCUUGGGAAAAAUGGGAUUUAAACUUGCGGCCAAAUAACAUUUAUGUGUCUAGCUUAUUAGCUGCUCUGCUUUAGUAAUGCCAAGGCUAAUUCAUACGCUAUGAAAAAGUAAUUGGCCUAGGGUAGAAGUAGCUUCUUUUUUAUUUUGAGGCUUUUGUGAUACAUUACACGCAAAAGUUAAUUGUAUCUCGUUUGCCUUUUCUUAUGACCAAUUCACACUUUCCCCUUUUGAGCAAUGGAUAGAUAUGUCAGUCUGUUUAUUUGUGUGAAAGAGUGGUUUCUUUAGUCUUAAAAACCUGUGUAUUUUCCAGCCAUUAGACGAGUUUUAUUGGCUAAUUGACACUCCUUGAAUAUUUACUCCAAAAAGAAACAAAUUUAGACAACUGGAGUCAACAAAUCAUACUGCUUUUCAUUACUCUUGCCUUAGGUUUGUCAAAGCAGUCAUAAAAAAAUGACUGCGGUAAUGAUGGAUCGUAGGCCUGUCAAAUGUGGUCCUUUUUAAAAACACGCCCAGUAAUGAUUAUGCAGAAGUUAAAAACUUAACUUGCAUGGUAUCAUAUUAAUAGUAAAUUGAUGUUGGAACAAGAAGACUUUGCAGAGUGCCAACACACAUCUAAGAAACUGUUUUUUGUUCUUUAUUGAGCAGAAAACCACUCAUGAAUGUUUAUGGAUUUCUAAUAAAAUCUUUUGCAAUGGAUGAAGAAAUGGAAUUGCCCUUAGAUUACUGUUUAUGGGGUUAGUUACAUGUGACAGACUUGAUUAUUGUCAGUGUCAAAUUUUCUUUGUGUCCUACUUGUUGUAAUAUUAUAGUUAUCAAAGAGCUUAUUUUAAUUUGCUAUGGUGCAAGCUGCUGCUUUACUGUUCCACACAAUCAAGGGCUGUCGUCGCCUGGUCCACCACUGAAUGGAAUCCACUUAUUAGCCUACUGACUGAAACCAGGCUGCCUUUCAGAUGACAAAAGGUGACCGAGAAGUAGUAUGGAAGCAGGGACAAAUGAGAGUGGGAGAGUGAUAUGAAAGUGAUGCUAUAUUUGAUCUGGUGGAGCUUGCCCAUUCAUCAGCUAUGAAUUGCACAGAAAUUAUGUAGAAAACAGCCCAUUUUGCUGAGCAUGUUGUACAUCGCAUCGAUAGAUGCAGAAAGCAAUUUUUACAUGUUACUUGGACGGCAGGCACGCAGUUGGAGAUCUUAGACAUGUAAUACAAAAAUACAAGUGUGUCAGUGCAGACACAGCAAAUAUGUAAUGUGGAAGUGUGGACAGACCAUCGUAACAAUAACAUUCGUGUCACUGCCAUUGUUUGUGAUUUGGCUGUGUGUUUCCAAAAUGUAUGUGAAAUGUGAACAUUUAUCCAUUUGAGCAAUUCUUGAUUCAAGCACAGAUUUUCAUUUGUAUUCACUCUGCUUGCUAAAAAAAACUAUCAUCUAAACUGGAGAGCAUUAAAGAAAACUUUGUCAAAAGACAUUGUACUUUUGACUAUAUGAGCAUUUAACGCACAGCAUUUUGAAUGAUGACAGUAUAUUUUUCUUGUUAAAGGCACCAUAAGCAUCAGGGAAAUGUCCACUGUUACAUAUUUUGUAGAUUCACUGUUGUUGAUGCCAGUUUGAAGCCAUUAUUAAGUAAAAUAAUUAAGCGCUGUCACAGGUGUGUUGUCAGUGUCAGUCUGUAAAAUGUUCCGAGGUCAAUAAGGAAGGGCCUGCAGCCAUAUGUAAUCAGUCACCAGGUGAGAAAGAGAUAUAAGCAUUGAAAUUUAUUGUGGAUGUACUGAAUGAAAUGUGUUACAUUUGUGUCAGUUACCACUGUUGCUCUAAAUUUGAAUGGAUGUCUGGGAAAGUGUUUUUGUCUGUCCUUAGAGCUGUGCAAUAACCCAUGCCUGUAAUGGAUUCUAACUGCCAUCCAAAGCACUGUAUUUAUUUCCUUUUAUUAAAGCAUUUCUUUUUUGGA